UAAAUCAGAUGAGAGCAAUGAAAAGGCCUGUGUGCACAGCUGACAUGCAGCCUGCUGCAGCCUACGCCCUUUACGACACGGAACAAGGAAGUCAUGCACCUGUUGCUGCAGGUUAUUCAUCUCUGAACUCUUUCUGUGACCUCGAUAAUCACCGGUGUACUAAAGCUCCAUCAUGGCAGGAGCUGAGGAGGAAGGACUGCCAAGUGAGGAGCAGGAGCAGGAAAAGGAGCAGGAGAAGCAGCAGCUCAGCUCUUCUUCCGGGAGCCAGCAGGACAGUGAGGCUGCUGCUGUCCGCACAGGGAGCACUGAGGAGCGGGCCGCGCAGGACGGCGGUGCGGUCCCCUCCUCCGCUUCGGCCCCACCUGCUGCCAGCACAGGGAGCACAGAGGAGCGGGCAGCGGAGGUCGGACCGCCCCCCUCCAAACCUACUGCCAUCAGUUUGGAGACAUCUGUGGACCAGUUCAAGCUCCUGAGGUUCUUUGUGUUGAGGCCUGGCACUCUGAAUCAAGGCAUCAAAGACACUGAAGCUCUGGUGGAUAAAGAAAUAGAUGGCAGCAUUCGCAGCAUUUGGCUGAUGGCAGAGGUGGAUCACUGGAAUAAUGAAAAGGAGCGUAUUGUUUUCAUCACCGACAACUCUCUUAUGAUCUUCAAGUACGACUUUGUCAUGUUCAACUGUGAUCAAGUCCAGAGGAUCCCACUGAACUUUGUGGACCGCAUCUCCCACGGCACAUUCAGCUUCCCAAAGCGCUCCCUGCUCAAGAGGGAGGGGGACGGGGUACGAAUCUUCUGGGACCGGAUGAGAGAGCCCACUUUUACCUCCAGGUGGAACCCCUUUGCCACCGACUUGCCCUUCAUCACCUUCACCUAUCACCCCGUGAGAAACAUCAGUGCCACAUUCCUCGCUCUCUGUGACAUCCACAACUUUCGUGAGCAUCUCAAGGUUGCGGCGCAGAAAGCUCACGCCACAAAGCCGGUUCCUGGUAAGGCCAACGGCGUCCUGGUCCUGAAACAGGACCUCCAUAUCGACGCUUACGUGGGCCUCAUGUCUUUCCUCGGGAACCAGAACAGACUCGGAUACUGCAUGGCUCGGGGAAACUUGGGCUACUAACUCUUUUGAUGUUCUCCAGUUUUGUUGCUAAUCAGAUUAUGUGUUGAGUUAAUGUCAGUGAGUUCAUUUAAAUUCUUCACGGAUUGACCAAAGAUUUCUCAGGUUUGUGUCACAUUGGCAGAUGUUCUGUAUGAGGUUUAAACAACUGUGUGUUUACCUCUCCCCCGCUGUUAUUUACCAGUGCGUGGUGUCUGAGUACUCAGAAAUAUCCACAUUUCAACACCGCUCUUCACUGGAUGACGGAUCCCCCACUGCUCUCAAGGAGCUUUGUAUUUGCUCCUCAGUGAUAUGGUAAUGCAACUCUUUCGCAAUGAGAUUCCUUUCUUCCUCCUCCAGUGUCUCUGUUAAAAGCUCGUUCCCUUGCCAUUCUUGCUCCUUAGAGAUUCACUGGAGCAUGGGGGCACGUUUGUCAGUUUGGUUUUUAUCACUCUUAGUGUAUUUUUACAGUGCAUACAGUCAUAUUGGAAUUUCCCCUUUGAUUUGUGUGUUUACUGUGUGUCGCUCUGCCUUGUUUUGGUAUCAUCUGUUAGGCUUGUGAGCGUGACACAUACAAGAAAAUAUAGGCUUACAUAUUUUGUCUUCUCUUUUCCUUUAUAGUGGUGUAAGAUAUGCAGAUUUUUCAUGCAGAUUCCUGUGCGCUGUUUUUGUUCAGUGCACAUUAUCAUACCCUGGUUUCGUCUUAGCAUUUGCUGAAAGAUAAAAACCUGGUGAUGACCAUCGACUCUUUAGCAGCGCCACAUCUUGUGAUGUCCUGUUGUUGCUGCAGUUAAAAUGUAAUAAUGUUAUCAAACCUUUAAAGUUGUAUAAUGAUAUUGAUGAUUUCAGUCCUGAUUGAUAUAGUGGCACUUGUUUCUUUUGUGUUAGCUGGUGCAUUUACAGUAAACACUCAGUGAGUAGCUACUUUGACAGGAAUUCAACUUGUGUAUCCGUUUACAGCCAAACCAAACUCAAUCAAACGUUUUAAUAAAGAAGUUGAUCAGUAA